CAGAAACUGGAGAAAUCAACUGGACUUUGAAGGUUGUUUCACCUGUACAUUUUGCCUAGUGGAGAGAAAGGUACCAAUUUGAAAGAUGAAGACUACAAUUCUACUAUUUUGUCUUCUAGGAUCAACUCAGUCAUUACCAAUGCAGCUCAACCCUGCUUUGGGACUUCCUCCAACAAAGCUGGUUCCAGAUCAGGCAACCCUACUAAACCAACAGCAGCUAAAUCAGGUCUUCCCUUCUUUAAGUCUGAUACCACUGACACAGAUGCUCACACUGGGGUCAGAUCUGCAACUGCUAAAUCCUGCUGCAGGGAUGGCACCUGCUUCCCAGACCCUCCCACUGACCCUGGGAGGGUUAAACGUACAACAGCAGCUGCAACCACAAAUGUUACCAGUUAUUGUAGCACAACUUGGAGCCCAGGUAAGAUUAUUUUUGGCCCCACAAAUCUUCACAGGCCUCAUCUUCCAGCCCUUGUUCCCGGGAGCCAUCCUGCCCACCAGCCAGGCUAAUCCAGAUAUACAAAAUGCGAUCCUUCCUGCAGGACAAGCAGGAGUAAAUCCUGCCAUCCAUGGAACCCCAGAAAGCCCCUUCCCAACUCCCAGUGACACAGACGAUGACUUUGGAGUGAACACCCCUGCAGGCUUCCAAAGGGGCACGCUCACUACUGAGGAAACCACUACAGGGUCCCCAAAUGGAACAAUGUUUGCAGAACUUCUGACAGUGAAGGAGUGA